GAGAUGGACGGGUUUGACAGCAGCACUGCAGUCAUUGUCCUCGCAGCCACCAACAGGGCAGACGUCAUCGACCCCGCCCUGCGCCGCCCAGGGCGGUUCGACCGGAUUGUAGCGGUGGAGCCUCCGGAUCGCAAGGGGAGGGAGGCCAUACUGACGGUGCAUGUGGAGCACAAGGAGCUACCUCUGAGCACCGAUGUGGACAUUCAGGAAAUCGCUGUCGCCACCAGCGGAUUUACGGGGGCUGAUUUGGCGAAUCUGGUGAACGAGGCAGCGCUGCUGGCAGCAAGGAGGGACCACGAGGAGGUCACUAAGCAGGACUUUGAUAGUGCUGUUGAACGGGCUCUUGCGGGAAUUGAGAAGAAACGGUCAGCUUUGGGCCGGGCAGAAAAAGCUGUGGUAGCACGGCAUGAAGCAGGCCAUGCGCUGCUGGGGGCAGCCAUUGCAAAAGUUUUACCUGACCAACGGGUAGUCCAAAAAAUCUCCAUCGUACCCCGGUCGGGCGGCGCAUUAGGAUUCGCCUACAUGCCGCCCCCAGCGGACGGCGAGGAGCGUCUUCUAGUGUUUGUCGACGAGCUCCGUGGCCAGCUCGCCGUCCUUCUAGGGGGCCGGGCGGCAGAAGACGUCUGUUUUGGCGGGAGAAUCUCUACAGGAGCAGUAGACGACAUUCGCCGUGCUACAGACGUGGCAUAUAAGGCAGUAGCAGAAUAUGGGCUGAGUGGGACCAUAGGUCCAAUGUCAGUGGGUACCCUGGCGGGAGGAGGGUUGGACGGAGGGGGAGGGUUUUCCUGGGGGGGGAAGGACCAGGGGAGGCUGUCGGACCAGGUGCAGGAUGAGGUGCAACAGCUGCUGCAGGCGGCUCUAGAGGUGGCCCGGGCGGUGCUGGUGUGCAACAAAGGGCUUCUGGAAGACCUGGGAAGGACGCUGCAAGAUAAUGAGACGGUGGAGGGAGCAGCUCUGAGUGCUUGGCUGGCGCAAGUAGAGAUGACGGCCAUGAAAGGCUCGCCGAUCGACGCGCUGAUUCAGAACUGCCUGCUGCAGGAGCGGUCCGGCGAGAAGACGUUCCAGUAUAACGCCAAGGACCAGUCGGCUUAUACGUUAAAGUGGUCCUUCCAUAACGAGUUAGGGUUGGUGUUCGUGGCGGUGUAUCAACGUAUGCUGCAGUUGCUUUAUGUGGAUGAUCUGUUGACAGCUGUUAGGGAUGAGUUUGCGGAUGGACACUACGAUCCGAAGAAAACGUCUUACCCGGAUUUCGACGACGUUUUCAAGCAGCUGCUUCGCGAAUCUGAACAGCAUGCGAACGAGUUGAAGCGGCCGAAGCAGGUUACCAAUUUCGGCGAGACGAAAAAGGGUAAAGGCAUGAAUAAGGCCACGGGAGCGGGGAAAGGGAAAGGAACAGGAGCCAAUCAGAGAAAGGGAGGCGUGGCGAAAGAUGGCGGAGACAGUGGGAGCGACGAUACCGGCGAUGAGGACGGAGCGGCUAACAGCGAGGCCGAGCAGCCGGCUAGCCGUCCCAGCAGCAGCUCGGCCGUCUCCUCCGCCGGCGCGUUUGACGUCUCGAAGCUGCGUAACCGCGCGAACCGCAGCAAGCAGGCUUCGGCGAAGAAAACCGGUAACGGGCUUUUCGAUUUCCCGCUGAAUCCCGCCAAGGGCGGCGGGAAAUCCGACGGAAAAACCGACGGAAGCGCGUCGGAAAGCGAAUCAAAGAAACCGAAGAAGCAGAUGCGGAAGUGGGAUAACGACGGGCCGGCUCUGGAGCGGCAGGACUUCUCGGAAGCUUCGGAUCACGACACUGACGUGGAGGUUGUUGACGUGGCAAAGGUGGGGAAGAGCAUGAUGGACCGAGAAGCUGAGCUGGAGGAAGAGGAGGACGCGGAGUGGGGAGGGGAGGAUGAGGAUGAGGAGUCGGAGGAGGAAGGGGAGAGGGACCGGAAGGGGUCGCGCAGGCACGUGGGUCGCGGGGAUGAUGGCAGUGAAGGGAAGAAGACCGGCUGGCUUGCUUCUGUUUUCCAGAGCGUGGUGGGGAAGGCGUCUCUCGAACUGGCGGACAUAGAGCCGUCGCUCAAGGUGCUCAAGGAUCGCCUCAUGACUAAGAACGUGGCGGAGGAGAUAGCGGAGAAGCUUUGCCGCUCGGUGGCGUCGAGCCUGGUGGGCAGCAAGCACGCAUCCUUCACACGCAUCUCCUCCACCGUGCAGGCGGCCAUGGAGGAUGCGCUCACCCGCAUUCUCACGCCCAAGCGCUCCAUCGACAUUCUGCGUGACGUGCAGGCUGCCAAGGAGGCAAAUCGGCCCUACGUGGUGGUGUUUGUGGGGGUGAACGGGGUGGGCAAGUCCACCAACCUGGCCAAGGUGGCCUACUGGCUGUCGCAGCACGACAUCAAGGUGAUGGUGGCGGCGUGCGACACCUUCCGUGCGGGGGCUGUGGAGCAGCUCCGAACUCAUGCUAGGAGGCUGCAGAUCCCUCUGUUUGAGCGGGGGUACGAGAAGGACCCAGCGGCGGUGGCGAAGGAGGCGAUCAGGGAGGCGACGCGCACCAAGAUGGAUGCAGUGCUGGUGGACACGGCGGGGCGCAUGCAGGACAACGAGCCGCUCAUGCGAGCGCUCUCCAAACUGAUUAACAUCAACGAGCCUGAUCUGGUUCUGUUUGUGGGGGAGGCACUGGUGGGCAACGAUGCAGUGGAUCAGCUGACCAAGUUCAACCAGCGCUUGGCUGACCUCUCCUCUGCUCCCACUCCCCACGCCAUUGACGGCAUUUUACUCACCAAGUUUGACACUAUAGAUGAUAAGCUAGUGAGCUUGGACGUAAUGGCGUCCAACACUGACAAAGGGGUUAAUGUCCAAGUAUUAUUGCGAUGCAGGCCAUUAUCCUCGGACGAUGUGCGGCUACGAGCACAACAGGUGGUCAAAUGUAAUGAAUCCCGCAAGGAAGUCAUGGUAGCCCAUAAUGUCGCGGGGAAGUCAAGCGAAAAGGCGUUCACUUUCGAUAGAGUAUUUGGACCGACGUCGAAGCAGCAGCACCUAUACAAGCUCGCGAUCGCACCUAUUGUCGAGGAGGUCCUCGAAGGCUUCAACUGUACGAUCUUCGCUUACGGCCAAACGGGGACGGGGAAGACCUUUACUAUGCAAGGAGACGUAACCCGAGCCGGAGAGAAUGGCCAACUUCCGGAAGGAGCAGGAGUAAUUCCACGGUCUAUCAGGCAUAUCUUCGACACCCUUGAUAGUCAGGGAGCCGAGUACAACAUCAAAGUAACUUACCUGGAGCUUUACAACGAAGAGAUAACGGACCUUCUGGCUCCAAAUGACAUCCUUGUGGCGUCCGAGUCAAAGAAGCCACUCGCCUUGAUGGAAGAUGGUAAAGGCGGAGUGAUUGUGCGUGGCCUUGAAGAGGAGGUUGUCAACAACUCGUCUGACAUUUUCACGCUAUUGGAGAGGGGGUCGGCCAAGAGACGCACAGCAGAGACGAUGCUGAACAAGCAGUCCAGCCGCUCCCACUCCAUCUUCACUAUCACUAUUCACAUCAAGGAGUCAACUCCGGAGGGUGUGGAACUGAUCAAGUGCGGAAAGCUGAACCUGGUCGACCUUGCUGGUUCGGAGUGCAUAGGAAGAUCCGGCGCCAAAGAAGGACGCGCACGAGAAGCUGGUGAAAUCAACAAGAGCCUCCUGACUUUGGGACGAGUAAUCACAGCCCUUGUAGACCACACCGGUCACAUUCCUUACAGGGACAGCAAGCUCACAAGGUUGCUUCGUGACUCUCUUGGAGGCCGGACAAAGACUUGCAUUAUUGCAACAGUCUCUCCUGUCGCUCCUUGUUUGGAAGAGACCUUGAACACGCUAGAGUAUGCUCAGCGUGCUAAGAAUAUCAAGAACAAGCCCGAGGUUAACCAGAGGACGACGAAGUCUAAGCUACUGAAGGACAUGGCAGGAGAAGUUGAGAGGUUGAAACAAGAGUUGAAGGCUCAGCGCGAGAAGGAAGGCGUUCAUCUGACAGUUCAGCAGCACGAGAACCUGCUGAAGCAGGUGCAGUCCCUCAAGGACCUCACUGGCCAAAACAGUGACGAGCUCGAGCAGAAGGCGGAGGAGAUUAAGCAACUCAGUGAGCAACUGGAGGUAUUUUCGGGCCGAGUGGAUGAUUUGACCAAGGAGAGGGAUGGUCUUCAGGGACAAGUUGUCUCGCUUUCCCAAAGCUUGGAGAAGACUGAAGCUGAUCUUCGAGAAGCAGUAUCAACUAUUGAAAGCAUGACUCAAGCUGAGACACAGCUGGUUAUCACCUGCAAUGGCCUUCGACAAAUGCUCAUCAACGUCAAUCACGAUAAUACUCAACUGUUUGAAAAGAUUGAGAGAAUGCAGGAAACUUCAGUCCACAACCAGGCUGCAGCUACCAGUCUGAAGCAGCAAAUGGACAGUCAAGUCGAUAGUGUUCGGGCCUUUGUAGUAAAGCAGAUGGAGAUUCUUGCUUUCCAAGAGCAACAAGCAUCACAGGGCCUUGAAGACGUCCUCAGCCAGUCAACUAAGGAUUUGGACCAAGUGACGGAGGAGGUAUCUCAGUUGCAGCAGAAGGUGUUUGGUGCUACACGAUUCAUGAAGGAGCGCGUGCAGCAGUUUGUGGAUAAGAACAACAGUUCCCUCCAGUCCUUGGUGGACGGUCUCGGUCCACAACAGGACGAGAUGGAGAAGCUACUUGAAGAAGCUUCUGCCUCAUCUAAAGCAUCAGUUCAGCAAAUCCAAAGUUUGCUGACCGGUCUCUCAGCUGGCUGGGACAACGUGCAAGGGUGGUGGAAUCAGUAUUUGGAGAAGCGCAGAGCAGAGUCAUCCUCUGCCCUGUCGUCCAUGGAAGCCUUGAUUGAACGAUUGUAUGAAGAGACAACUGCUUGGGCUGAGAUGAUAGCUCAUCACACGGAGAGUCAUGAAGAGGAUAUGAGCAGCCUAGAGAAGGCGGUGAUGGACAUUGAAAUGCAGAAGGCCAAGAGGAUUAUGGAGGCAGUGACCGAAAUUGUACAGCAAGGGAUGAACGACACCAAGGACGAGGUCAAGGGACGGAUUGCUCGCAUGGGAGCCAGUGUGAAGAAUUUACGCUCCGCAAAUGAUGAUAAAAGGCGUGCUGUGAAGGGUGUUUUCUCUAACAUUUCAAGCGGCAUUGCUGAUCUUCGAGAAAAGGAAGCCAUGGCUGACACGGAGGCCUCCAAUGAAGUUGCACGCAAGAAGUCUGAAGCUGGCGAGAAGGUGGCUUCGUGUGCGGGUUGCGUGGAAAGGAUGGAUGUAGAUAGCAGUGAACAGCUAUCACUGCUUGCAUCACGGUCCAAAUCUUAUUGCGACCAUAUGAAAAAGAGCAUCGGGGAGCACAAUCUAGAGUCAACCAGCCUUGGCAUCAGUACAACAACUGACCAAGAGCAGGUUGAGGCAACGUGCAAUGCAGGAGCUGACAAGCUCGUCACUAAGAUUUCAGGAAGUUAUGGUGCACAGCAGGAGAAGCUCACAAGUAUCGCAUCCUCGCUUGUUAAGUCAUCUCAUUCUGUGCCACUGGCACUGGACCACCACAAGCAGCAAGUUGAGGACGUCAAGGGAAGCAUGAAGAGACAUCUGGAGGAGGAUCUGAAGCCGGAUGCACAUACGUCAAGAACUCCACAGAAGCGGCGGUUUGAGAUUCCAACAGAGGAGGACAUUUUGAAGAUGUGUCAUCGACCCAAUCAGGCCAACGGGCCUGUGCUAGUGCCUCUUCCUCUGAAAGCAGCCCCCUCACCCAAGCGAGGCGUUCCUUCUCCUGGUAAACUUAAGGCUGCGAUGCAGAAGUCGGGGAACCCUCGGGGCCCUCGCGGACCGCUGUUCACCAUUUCCCAGAACUAA